UACAAACCCCCCUCCUUAAAGACUCUUUGACGCUGACGACCCUCUCUCUGCUACCUUGACUCUCUCUGACGCCUUUGCAUGACCUCUACUGCCUCUAUUGCCUCUACCGUAUACCAUUUUGCGAUGUUCUAGCUGCGUAUUCUUGAUCCUCUUCAACCCAUAUCUCCUCUUUGAUGUCGUCUGGCACAAUGGCCAUGGCGCACGGACCGGGCCUAACGCGCAUUCACACCGCGCCAACUCUAUCGACAUCGACCAGAACUUCGAGAGACCCUUUCCCGAAUAAAAUGAUUGGACAUGGGCCUCGAUCCUCCAAAAUGUCCUCCUCUACACUCACGUCGGCAUCCUCAGCAUCCUUAAACACUCUAUCGACUACUACGACCCUAUCGCAGAACGGGAGCAAUGUGGUGGCGACCAACAAUAUCAUUAAUCAGCGGGCAGAUGCCUCCCGAUCCCUAUACCAGAUAUGCGUCAGUCUGCGACAGCGCCUCCUCCUGGUCCCUGGCUUCGAACAGCACUUGCAAGAGUUGGACGACGACGAGAUCUACGACGACGACCCCGUCACCUCGUUGUGGCGAUGCCUGCGCAAGGGAUACCCCCUAAUGACGAUAUAUAACGCACUUCAACCACCCGAACCCCUACAAGUCGAUGAUAAGGUCUCGGAGGCGAAAAAACCGAAGAGCGCAGCGUCAAAGUUCGUGCUGGCAUGCCUAAAAGACUUGAAGCUACCCCCUGAGGAGGUUUUUGUGCUCAACGAUUUGUUCGGCGACGAUACAACUGGUUUUGUUAAGGUCACCCAGGUCCUGAAUGUGGUGCUGGAUGUGGCAGAGCAGCGGGGUCUGCUCCUAACUCCGGAGGCCGAGGCCGAGACUCCAAAUGCUGCCGUGGGGGGGAAGAUGAGCUAUAGGGACCAUGUUGUGCGAGAACUUGUCGAUACCGAGCGCAAAUAUGUGCAGGACCUGGAGAAUUUGCACGAGCUGAAGAAACAAAUCGAGCAGAAAGGCGUUAUACCCGGAGAUGUUGUGCAUGCUAUAUUCUUAAACAUCAAUGCGAUUCUCGACUUCCAGCGAAGGUUUUUGAUCCGGAUCGAAACCACGAAUUCGCAACCGGACGCAAGGCAGGAGUGGGGCGCGCCUUUUGUAGUUCAUGAAGAAUCCUUUGGAAUUUAUCAACCAUUUAUAGCCAACCAGCGAAGAGCAGCCGAUAUUGCCAAACGAGAGUUCGACAAGAUCUCGUUGGCAGACCACCCGGUUGUUGUUGAUUUCAACACACUGGAUGGCUUCCUGCUAAAACCUAUGCAAAGAUUGGUCAAAUAUCCGCUAUUAUUGAAGGAUUUGCGCGAUAAAACGAAUGCGGAUGACCAGACGAAAGCAGAACUUACCGCAGGGAUGGAAGCUUCCAAUCGUGUUCUGCACCAAGCCAAUGCUGCAGUCGAUAGGGAGCUGAGGAACGAGGCUUUGGUAGACCUUUGCACACGCGUUGAUGAUUGGAAGAACCACGAUAUUAAUCAGUUUGGCGACCUACUCCUUCACGGUGUCUUCACUGUAAUCACUGGUAAAAGUGAUUUGGAGAAAGAGUAUACCAUAUAUCUUUUCGAGCGCAUAUUGCUUUGCUGUAAAGAGGUGAACCCUAAUAAGGCCACCAAAGACAAGCUUAUGGGAGGAGGCCAAAAGGACAAAAAGGCUGCGAAAGAUAAGAAGGAUAAAUCCGGAAAAACUAUUAAGCUUCAGCUGAAAGGCCGCAUAUUUAUGACCAACGUCACAGACGUUGUGUCGAUGGUUAAGCCUGGGUCCUACACGGUGCAGAUUUGGUGGAAAGGAGAUCCUGGAAUCGAGAACUUUAUGAUUCGAUUCUCCCACGAAGAGGUCAUGAAAAAGUGGUCCGCAGCGGUUGAUAAACAGCGUAAAGAUUGCCUCGACCGAGAAAAAGGACCUGAAGUUGGAACACCGGAAUUUGCAUGGAUGCAAGCACAGAAUGCGCCCAUCCAAAAUCCUUAUGCUCAACCUGAGGACGACGACGACGAUGAUGACGAUUAUCCGCAAUUAGCCAACAGCGGGGUGUUUGCCGAACAAGCUAUACCCCCUGAACAAAGUUCCUUUGGGAUGAACAGAAAUACUUCAAGCACUAGCUUGCGCUCGAGGUCGACGACAGGCGAGAGCAUUCAAUCCAUCGCUGGAGUGGUUAGACAAGCCCCUCCCCGGUUUCCUAUGGGACCCCAGCCGCCAUUGAGCUUACAGACGCAGAUGCCUCUACAAACCCCGCCUGCCGGGGCGAGAGGUGGUGAUUCCUACUUCUCGCCUGUCGCCGAAUCUCCCGCGUCCUCGAGAACGAGCCAGAACUCCAUGUUCCCCUUCCCACGACAAGGGUCCAUAACAGGAAACUGGGAGGACCACAACCGCUACACCGCCCCAGCCAUCGGCCGUACCCCGUCGCGCGAGUCGCAACAGUCUAUUAACUACCGGAACAACCCCCAGCGUCCCUCCCUCCCUGUCAUGUCAUCCCAGCAAGCACAGAUGGUUAACGCCCAGAACCGCAGUCGAUCAUACAGUACUCCUGACAUCAAUGCGCAGGUAAACGCAGCUCGUCGCCGCAACGACAGCCAGCCAGUACCAGCUGUGCCUGGUAUCCCGCCGCAUCUCCACCCGGCUUAUGACAACAGCAUUCCGCGCUCUAGCAACGUUUCUCCGAUCAAUGGCAUCCCCGUUCGCUCCGCCACGCAGAGCCCGGGCACCCAACGUGAAAGGUCCCAGCCGCCGCAAGCAGGCUACCCGGCAGUACCACCGGCUUAUCUGCGUAGCAACACGACGCCCGUUCUUGCGACAGUUCAAGGCGGCGAGGACCGCACCCAGACCAUGUCGCCGCCGCUAAACAACUCGCUACCUGGAAUGGACAUGCCGCUCCCGACUCAACUCAAGGUGAAGGUCAACUGUGACGGCAACUACGUCACGCUGGUAGUGGCGUUCAACAUUACGUACCAAAGCCUCAUUGACCGCAUCGACGCCAAGGUCGGCCGCUUCAGCAAUAACGCGAUCGCGAGGGGCACGAUGAGAUUGAGAUACCAAGACGAGGAUGGAGAUUACGUGACCAUCGAAUCAGAUGAUGACAUCCAUAUCGCAUUCCAGGAGUGGCGAGAGCAGCAGAUUGAAGGUCUCAAGAAUGGCAUGCUGGGAGAGAUUGAGCUCUUCUGUGCCAGCAUCGAGUAAGCACUUGAACAACCACAACAACAGGCGGAGUGAAGCGCCGGGAGCGCUGGGGUGCUAGGAAUGUUUUUCCUGGUCAGCUAGAAAGGGCCAUCACUGGCAAUAUGGGCUUUUAGCUUCACAACAAGCAAGAGUCGGACGACGAAGUAGUAGUAUUGGAGAGAGAGAGAGAGAGAGCAGCGCGAUCCCAGCUAGACGACUGGGCAGGUAUCGAUGAUAUCCCAUAACGAAACCGAGAGAGCGAAGGGGGACGGAGGAGGACGAACCAACCAUAUUUUUGACGCAUAUUUAAGGAUUGCAUUUAUGAAACGGAUGAGGAUCGACAUUAUGAACGCGACGUUUGAGAUGAUAUGGGAAACUUGAGGGAUCAGUCAGGGAGGAGAGGGGGGAAACACGCUCUAUUUCACCCCUCCCUUGAUUGAUAUCGGAGUCAUUUUUGGGAUUUAUUUUUGGAAUUCGUUUUUUAUGGGGGCUUAUGGCCCCCUAUAUAUUUUUGUGUGUGUGUGUGUGGGAGAGCUGGGCAUCUAGAGAUGCGCCAGGGUCUUUACGAUUUUUUGGGG